CCACCUGUCGAAACCCGCGCCCCCUCGCCGCGCCGCAGCCCCAGCCCCGAUCGCCAUGAACCAGAUAGAGCCCGGCGUGCAGUACAACUACGUCUACGACGACGAUGAGUACAUGAUCCAGGAGGAGGAAUGGGACCGCGACCUGCUGCUGGACCCCGCCUGGGAGAAGCAGCAGAGGAAGACCUUCACAGCCUGGUGCAACUCCCACCUGCGGAAAGCCGGCACUCAGAUUGAAAAUAUCGAGGAGGACUUCAGGAAUGGCCUCAAGCUCAUGCUGCUUUUGGAAGUCAUCUCAGGGGAAAGGCUGCCCAAACCUGACCGGGGCAAAAUGCGGUUCCACAAGAUUGCGAACGUCAAUAAGGCUUUGGAUUACAUAGCCAGCAAAGGGGUGAAACUGGUGUCCAUCGGGGCUGAAGAGAUUGUUGACGGCAAUGUGAAGAUGACCCUGGGUAUGAUCUGGACCAUCAUCCUUCGCUUUGCCAUUCAGGACAUUUCAGUUGAAGAAACAUCUGCCAAAGAAGGGCUGCUGCUUUGGUGUCAGAGGAAAACAGCUCCUUAUAGAAAUGUGAACAUUCAGAACUUCCACACCAGCUGGAAAGAUGGCCUUGGACUCUGUGCCCUCAUCCACAGACACCGGCCUGACCUCAUUGACUACUCAAAGCUUAACAAGGAUGACCCCAUAGGAAACAUUAACCUGGCCAUGGAGAUCGCGGAGAAGCACUUGGACAUCCCCAAGAUGCUGGAUGCUGAAGACAUUGUGAACACUCCCAAACCUGACGAAAGAGCCAUCAUGACUUACGUCUCCUGCUUCUACCAUGCUUUCGCAGGAGCGGAGCAGGCUGAGACAGCGGCUAACAGGAUAUGUAAGGUUCUUGCUGUGAAUCAAGAGAAUGAGAGGCUGAUGGAAGAAUAUGAGAGGCUAGCGAGUGAGCUUUUGGAAUGGAUUCGGCGCACGAUCCCCUGGUUGGAGAACCGGACUCCUGAGAAAACCAUGCAGGCCAUGCAGAAAAAGCUGGAGGACUUCCGGGAUUAUCGUCGGAAGCACAAGCCCCCCAAGGUGCAGGAGAAGUGCCAGCUGGAGAUCAACUUCAACACCCUGCAGACCAAGCUGCGGAUCAGCAACCGGCCUGCCUUCAUGCCCUCCGAGGGGAAGAUGGUGUCGGACAUCGCUGGAGCUUGGCAGAGGCUGGAGCAAGCCGAGAAGGGUUAUGAGGAAUGGCUGCUCAAUGAGAUCCGGAGGCUGGAGCGCUUGGAGCACCUGGCUGAGAAGUUCAGGCAGAAGGCCUCCACCCACGAAACCUGGGCCUACGGCAAAGAGCAGAUCUUGCUGCAGAAGGAUUAUGAGUCUGCAUCCCUGACAGAAGUGCGGGCCUUGCUGCGGAAGCACGAGGCCUUUGAGAGUGACCUGGCGGCCCAUCAGGACCGCGUGGAGCAGAUCGCGGCCAUUGCACAGGAGCUCAAUGAACUGGAUUAUCAUGAUGCUGUGAAUGUCAAUGAUCGUUGCCAGAAAAUUUGUGACCAGUGGGACAGAUUGGGGACCCUCACUCAGAAGAGGAGAGAGGCCUUGGAGAGAACAGAGAAAUUGCUGGAAACAAUUGAUCAGCUACACCUGGAGUUCGCCAAGAGGGCUGCUCCUUUCAACAACUGGAUGGAGGGUGCUAUGGAAGACCUGCAAGACAUGUUUAUUGUGCACAGCAUCGAGGAGAUACAGAGUUUGAUCACUGCCCAUGAGCAGUUCAAGGCUACGCUGCCCGAGGCAGAUGGGGAGCGGCAGUCCAUCAUGGCCAUCCAGAACGAGGUAGAGAAGGUGAUUCAGAGCUACAACAUCAGGAUCAGCUCAAGCAACCCGUACAGCACCGUCACCAUGGAUGAGAUCCGCACCAAGUGGGACAAGGUGAAGCAGCUGGUGCCCAUCAGAGAUCAAUCCCUGCAAGAGGAGCUGGCUCGCCAGCAUGCUAAUGAGCGCCUGAGGCGCCAAUUUGCUGCCCAGGCCAAUGCCAUUGGUCCCUGGAUCCAGAACAAGAUGGAGGAGAUUGCCCGGAGCUCCAUCCAGAUCACAGGGGCACUGGAAGACCAGAUGAACCAGCUGAAGCAGUAUGAGCACAAUAUCAUCAACUACAAGAACAACAUAGACAAGCUGGAAGGAGACCACCAGCUCAUCCAAGAGGCCUUGGUCUUUGACAACAAGCACACCAACUACACAAUGGAGCACAUCCGUGUUGGAUGGGAGCUGCUGCUGACCACCAUUGCCAGAACCAUCAACGAGGUGGAGACCCAGAUCCUGACGAGGGAUGCGAAGGGCAUCACCCAGGAGCAGAUGAAUGAGUUCAGAGCCUCCUUCAACCACUUCGACAGGAGGAAGAAUGGCUUGAUGGACCAUGAGGACUUCAGAGCCUGCCUCAUUUCCAUGGGUUAUGACUUGGGUGAAGCUGAAUUUGCCCGAAUUAUGACCCUGGUUGAUCCCAAUGGACAAGGCACUGUCACCUUCCAGUCCUUCAUUGACUUCAUGACUAGAGAGACAGCUGACACAGACACUGCUGAGCAGGUCAUUGCCUCCUUCAGAAUUCUGGCUUCUGAUAAGCCGUACAUCCUGGCGGAGGAGCUUCGUCGAGAGCUGCCCCCAGAUCAGGCCCAGUACUGCAUCAAGAGGAUGCCUCCCUACUCUGGCCCUGGCAGCGUGCCUGGUGCGCUGGAUUACACUGCGUUCUCUUCUGCACUUUAUGGGGAGAGUGAUCUGUGAUGCCUGGGUUUUGUAAUCAUUGAUCCCAUCAGAACACAAUAAAAGCUUAAGUCAUAGUUUGUUUCCUGGAAA